AUGCUGUUUACUCUUGGACUUUUCCUACUCCUCGCCCCACUUCCCUCAUUUGAAAGCCCGACCAUUGACAGAAGGGACUCUUUGGGAAGUGAAGGCACCAGAGCAAAUGCAGUUCUUACCUUACUAAAACCAAAAACCACUGUAGUAGCUGCCAAAGCUGCUGCUCGCUCUGCCUCAAAGCCAAGCACGGUCAGUCAGGCAGUUUUAACUUCUCCCAUCACCACCCCAAACCCCCCAACGGUCAGCACCACCGGACCCGCCAAAACUAAGCCCAGCCCACCGGUGAUUCAAACCACUCCAGCAGCACCCUCAAAGACCGCUCCUGCCUCCAGUGGAUCCAACAAAGGCAAGCUCUCAGCUUCAGUGAACCAGACAGCCCCAGCCAAACCUCAGGCUGCUGCUGAGGCUAAGACUAGCAAAGAAAAAACUGCCCCCACUACAGUUCCAAAUGUCCCACAAACACCAGCUAAGGCAGCAGCAGGAAGUAGUGUAAAGAACACCAAGGACAGAGUGUCAGUAACCCAGAGUGCUUCAGCCAAAUCUGUUUCCAACGCUGCAACAGACAAACUCAACAAAAACAAAGCUCAGCCCUCAGUAAAUCAAACUACAACUGAAGGAAAGGUGGCUAAAGAGAAGUCUGCCUCAAGAACAUCAACAACUGCUCAGGCUGCUUCAAAGACAACCAAAGAGAAGGUUCAGCCUGCAGCAACGGUCACAACAAAACCUACAUCUACUAAUGCUACUAUAACAAAGAAGGCGGCCACUACAACAAUCCAAGAAGUGCAGUCAACUUCAGCCAAAUCAGUUUCAGGUGGAGCUGCUAAAACCUCCAAAGAAAAGCCAGUGUCUGCAGAGAAUUUUUCUGUGACAGUUAAACCGUCAUCACCCUCGGCCAGCACAGACAAGACCCCCAAAGAGAAGACCAGCUCCACAAAUCAGACAGUGAAACAAGCACCAACAAAAGCUCCUACCACAGCUCCAAAAAGUAAGAAUCAGCCCUCAGCCAACCAAACAAUGGUCCUCAAAUCUCCCAAGCCCAGUGCUGCCCCCACCCCACCAAUCAAGGUGGUCAUCACUGAUGGUUGUGAGUCCAACAGCAAAAAGGAUGAAGAGAUGGAGCUGAAGCCUGGAGCUCCUCUGGUGAUGACACACAAGAUCAGUUUGGUGCCCACCAGCUGUAAGGGCGGGUGUGAGGCCAAAAUGGCUGCCCUUGAGGGACGAGUGGCUCUACUGGAAAGAGAAAUGUCAUCCCUAAAAGAAAAGUGUGCAUGUUCUGCAAGCUGUGCUAAUGACUGCAGUGGCAAUGGAAAAUGUGACAGAGGGAAAUGUAUUUGCCAACAAGGCUUCACUGGUUCAGACUGCAGCAAAGUUGUCAAGGAAAAGCCCAAGACUACAGGAGAACCAGCCUCUACGUCAAUGAAAAAAGAUGGUAGUGCAAAAGAUGCAUCCCAAACAAAGCCCAAGAAGGGAGAUGCCAAAGAAUCUGGCUUUACAACCAAAGAAGGAAAAAGUAAAACCAAAUCUGACACUAAAAACAUUAAAAAGAGUAACACUACGAAGACUCAGAUACCUUUGACUGAAGAGAAGCAAGAAUUGCGCACAGAUAAGCCCAUAUUCAUAGCCAAGCCCGAAGAAUCUGCAGAUAGAUCUAAAUCCGGCAAACUCAAAGAUGAGCCUCGCACUAAUGUCACACAUAUUACAACAAUGAAAGUCAAUAACACAACAAAAUCUGUAACUGAAACAAGCAAAACCAAGAUGGAGCAAUCUACAAUGACAGAGACGUCUACCACACAGCAGAGCCAAAAAGAAAAGGCAAGCGAUGACAAACAAGCUGGUGAUGGCAAGAUUGUAAAGAGUAUAUAUAUUGUGAAUGUGACAAAUGUGCAGUCGGCAGAGGAGACUGGACUUCAGCAAACCAAAAGUGACAUAGGAAAAGAUCCAAAAUCAGGAGGGCUAGGGUUGGUAAGGGUAACCAAUGUUUCCUCCUAUAGUUUUAUCCUCACUUGGUCUGCCCCACACGGCAUGUUCAAGAAUUUUACAGUUGUCCGCCGUGAACCUGAAGCUGGAGAGUUAGAAGAAGAGGAAGUCCUUGAAAAAGACAAAACAGAUUUCACUGAAGUACAAGUGCAAAGUGAAAUCGCUAUCAAUGGAACAAGUUCUGGUAAAGUGACGGCAACAAGAACCAAAGCAGAAGGCAGGAGGAUCUCUAUGGUCGUCCCUGGCAACACACGUUCAGUGGAAUUUAGUAACCUCAGAGCAAACACGCGGUAUGUGCUGUACAUCUAUGGUUCAGGGGCAGAGAGACGAUCCAAGAUGCACAGAGUAACAGCUACAACAGGUCCAGAGCCACUCAAGGAGGUGCUGUUCGGUGACCUCACUGAGAAUUCUUUCACUGUAUCUUGGAAUAAACCAAAGGGAGCAUUCACCGGCUACAGAAUCACAUACAUCAACAUCGUUACAGGGGAAAGCCAAACUGUGACUCUCAGUACAGAAUAUACCAGUUUCACUUUGUCCAAGUUGUCUGCUGGCACCUCCUACAUCGUCACUGUGUAUACUACAUAUGGCAGAGUCCAGAGCGAUCCCCACACCACCCUUAUCACUACAGUGCCUGCUCCUCCGACGCAUUUCCAAGCUACAGAGGUUUCCGACACAAAGGCUCUCCUGAAGUGGACGCCCAGUUUGGGGAAGGUUGAUCGUUUUGUCAUCAGCUAUGAAUCGUCCAAAACUCCAAAUGUGACAGUGACAGUAAUGCUAUCUGGCAACACCAUUGAACACCAGCUGAAAGGCUUGCUACGAGGAACCCUGUAUUCAGUUAAGAUCUUCAGUCAGAAAGACAACUACAAGAGUCACAGCAUGUCAACCACAUUUACUACUGCUAAUUCUGUCAGACCCAGUGAAAUAGGUGCUCGUCAUGCUACCAUAACAUGGAAAACUUUCACUUUUUAUCAAAGCUACAGAAUCACAUACCAGGUGUUUGGAGAAGAGGCAAAGGAGAUUAUUUUGGAUCCAACCAUCACUGAAUACAAGCUGACAGGCCUGAUUCCCAUGUCUCGAUAUACAGUGUUGGUACAAGGUGAAAGAGAUGGGCACUACACUUCCCUUGUCACUGCAGAAUUCACCACAGGAAAACUGCGCUUCCCUUUCCCCACUGAAUGCUCCCAGGAGCUGCUGAAUGGGGCUCUUCAGUCUGGAGAGGUGGACAUUUACCCACAGGGCAGAGAGGGCCCAGCAGUCAGAGUGUACUGUGACAUGGAGACCAAUGGAGGUGGAUGGACAGUUUUCCAACGGAGAAUGAAUGGAAAGACAGACUUCUACAGAACAUGGAACGAGUAUAGCAGCGGCUUUGGGAACAUCAGUGAAGAGUUCUGGCUUGGAAACAGACUACUUCACAACCUGACCAGCGUUGGCCCGGUCAGUCUGAGAGUGGACAUGAGAUCUGGAAAUGACACUGCGUUUGCUCAUUAUGCAAAUUUCUCUAUCGGCCCAGAGGAGAGGCACUUCACCCUGACUUUAUCUGGAUACUCAGGGAACGCAGGUGACUCUAUGAGGUAUCACAAUGGCCGCCCAUUCUCAGCCCGGGACAAGGACCCAGAUCCUUUGGGCAUUCACUGUUCUAGGGCCUAUAUGGGGGGUUGGUGGUACAAGAACUGUUACAAAACCAACCUCAAUGGCCUGUAUGGCAUCAACAGCAACAAUCAGGGAAUAGUGUGGAUUGACUGGAAAGGCAAAGACUCCUCCAUUCCAUUCACCGAGAUGAAAUUCCGACCUUCCACGUUUUCUCCGGCCACACACGGCUAACAACACUCACUUUGUGCCCGAGAAAGUUGAAUGUUAAAAGUUUUCCAUCCUGUUCGUCUCAUUGUUUUGAUUGUUCAUGUUUUUGUCGAGAAAAGACCCAUUUAGAUUCAUCUAUAUUUCAGUGUUCUAGCCUUAACACCAUCAUGUGUACUGCAAUGGUACUUCACUACUGUAAUUAAGUAUGCACUGUCCCGCUCCAAUUGAAUAA